ACUAAUGCAAAAAAUAUUUGUUCAACUUUCAGCCUUGAGAACGAUCUGGAACUAUCCGAAUCAGAUGAUGAGCGCAAAAAGGAAGGUCGAUCGGCUGGCAAUAGCAGCAACAGCUCCGAGUCCGACUCCAGCGAAUCGGGCAGCGAGGCAAGCAGCAAAGGUGAUACGCAGCAGCAGCAGCAACAGCAGCAGCAGCAGCAGCAGCUGUUGCUCCAACAACAACAGCAGCAACAGUUGCUGCUGCAACAGCAACAACAACGGCUCGCUGCCAGCGCCAAUGGCAGCAAAAAGAAAUACAGCCAAACGAUAAUUGCGAGUGGAGCGAAUACAAUCAGUGGGUUGCUCACGUCCAGUGGCUUGGGUGGUGCUGGUGCUGGCAGUGUUGCAGGUGGUGGUGCUGGUGCUGGUGGUGCCAUCAAUGCCACCAACAACACAUGCGGCGGCGGCGGUGGCUCGAGCGGCUCCUGCAUGGGCACCAUGAGCAGCUCCAGCUCAUCGAACAAGACGCCUUCGCCCACGGACAGCAAUCGCUGGAAUCUAAGUCGUUUCUUUCCCAAGCCAGCGAAUCAGACGGCCGCCGAGAGUGUGUCGCCGGGUGUGGCCAAUGCCAUGGGCAAUGUGAGCAUGAAGGUGCCGGGCAUCCUGCCAGGCGGUGCACAGAUCAUACCCGAGUCGAUCGACGUGACCACGGCGAUUGUGAAGAACGAGAAGCUGCACGACGAGCCGCGGCACGUGGGCGAUGACGAGGACGACGAGGCGGAUGAGCAGCAUCGCCAACAACAGCAGCAGCAGCAACAGCAACAGCAGCAGCAGAGAUAUGGCCUGACUGUGACUGUAAAGAAGGAGCAACUGGAGCAGCAGCAACAGCAACAGUUGCUGCUGCAACAGCAACAGCAGCUGACCACAGAGCAGCUGGUGGGUGCCUUGCCAAAGAACCAAAUCAAACGCGAGUCCCGAUUGUCCGACUCCGGCAGCGCCAGCAGCGGCAGCGGCAGCGGCAGCAGCAGCUCCGACAGCGCCGGCGGCAGCAGCGAAGUGUUGCAGAUGCCCGGCCCGGGCGAAACACUGCAAAUACCUGGCGUACCUGCGGCGAUAACGACGGUGCUGCGCGUGCCGCAAGCAAUGCAGCACAAGGUGCAGCCGAAUAGCGUCACAUUGACGCCAAUUGGGCCGCUGCCGGCGUCGCCGAAGCCGCGGCAAAAGAAGCCGCGCAAAAAGAAAAUGUCGGCGGCAACAGCGCCGUUGGACUCCAGCGACGAGGACGAGCCCAUGGCCAGCAGCAAUAAGAAGCAUGCGCUGGAGCUGGCAGCGACAGCCGCAGCAGCUGCUGCCGCGGUGGCGGUGCCGGUGGCUGCGGCGGCGGCGCCAGCAAUUAAAAAGGGACGCGGCAGGCCACGCAAGCAGGCGCAGCAACAGCAACAGCAACAACUGCAGCAACAGCAGCAACAACUGCAGCAGAGCGGAAAUCUGAGCAGCGCCUCGGCGAGCAGUUCGCAGGCCAAGGGACCAACGUUGACAGCAGCCAAGAAGCCGCUGGCCAAAGGCAGUGUCAGCAGCAGCAACAGCACGGCGCCGGCAACAGUUGCUGCGGGCACGCGCAAGCGUGAGCAUAGCAGCAACAGCAGUUCCAAUAGCAAUACGCCCACCAAGAAGCCAACAGCAACGUUUGCCACGAUGGCGGCGAAGCUCGAUCGCGCCGAUGCGCUGAGCAGCGAYGACGAUAGCAGCAGCAGCAGCAGUUGCAGCAGCACCAAGUCGAGCAGCAGCAGCGGCAGCGACAGUGAGACGCCAGCAGCGGCCGCGGCAGCAGCGUCGACAGCGGCAACUGCUGUGGCAACGUCUGCACAGAAUCCCGCCAAGAAGCGCAUUGUGAAAAUCAAUAAAGUGGGCGUGGCCGGUAACAGCAGCAGCAGCAAGGCGAAGCGGCGCUACAGCGUUGGCAGCAGCCAAAAGCAGCAAUUGCAGCACCAGCAACAAUUGCAGCUGCAGCAACAGCAGCAGCAGCAGCAACAAUCGCUGCUGGGGCAAAUUGGGGCCGAAUCGCUGCCGCAGUCGGCGCAGCGUUUGAGCAGCAGCGAYUGCAGCAGCAGCAGCAACAGCGACAGCAGCAGCAACAGCAGCGGCAGCAGCAGCAGCAGCAGCGACGAGGACGGCGAGCAUCGCAGCGGCAAGCGCAAGAGUGAUAAGAAGAAGAUAUGCACACUGACGCGCAUCUUCAACCCCAAAGAGGGCGGGGCCAAGAAACAGGGUCAGGUUGUCAUCAUCGAUCAAUCCGAGGAACAGCAGCAGCAGCAACAACAGCAGCAGCAGCAGCAACAGCAGGCCAAAGAGCUUAAGCCGCGUGCCACGCCCACACAGCUGCUGGGCGCCACACUGGCAUCGCCGGCAAGAACCACCACGCCCCACUUGACAUCGCUGAUGUGCAAAAUCGAUCUGAGCAAGCUGGCGCGAGUGCCGCCCGAGUGGUACCAGAAUAGCUACAGACUGUACGCAGCUGAUGGACAGCAUCAGCCGCAGCACCACCACCAGCACCACUCGCAGCAGCACCACCACCAGCCAGAGAGACUGAAGGCGCAGCAGAACGGCCAUCUCAGCAGUCGGUCCGCCGAGGGCGCUCGCACGCCCAAGGAUCUGCAGCAGAUCUACACGCCCAACGGGUAUGUGGGUGGUGCAGCCGGGGGUGGUGGCGCGGCUAGCAAGCUGCUGGGCGGCGUCAAGCACGAGCAUGGCGUUAAGCCCGAGCCGGAGCUGGAACCCGGCUACGAGGGCAAGUACAAACUGAACAGCGUUAAGCAGGAGUUCAUGCUGAAGCAGGAGCUGCCCGCGCGUCGACGCAAACGCAGCUCCAGCUCCAGUUCGAGCCCCUACAAGGAGAAGAAGCGAAAAAAGGAGAAGGCCGAACAGCUCAGCAAGGAGCUGCUGCCCGUGCCGGUGCUGCUGCCUGCCAACAAUCACGAGCGAUUAUCGCGCGACAAGCUCGAGUUGCUCAUGCAGCAGCAGGAGAGCGCCGCCAAUGGCAGUCCCAACAAGUUGCAGCAACAGCAGCAAUCACGACUGUCACAAUCACAGCAGCAACAGCAACAGCAGCAGCAACAGUCGCUGUCACAGUCCACAACUGCGGCAGCAACAGUUGCCGCCGCGCCCAUCCAACUGCCAACCACCUGCAGCGAAGCGGUGCAAACGACGCCGCCACCAGCAGCGCCACAGCCAGAGCCGCGUCUCAUCUAUCGAUCCCACUUUGACAAGGAGGAGGAGAACGAAAGCGACGAUCUCAGAAAAAACGACUUUCUGCUGCAGGAGGCGAUCAGGCGGAAACGUGCCGCCGAUUCGGAACGUGAUUCGUUCAGUCAGAUGACGCUUUACCUCGAGGCGAUUGUCUACUUCCUGCUGACCGCCGAUGCCAUGGAGCGCUGCAACAUGGAGGCCACCUGGACCAUGUACAAGGACACCCUGUCGCUAAUUAAGUGAGUAAAGUGU